CACCUGGAAUUAAAAGAAGCACCAUCUGUCAGAGGAAGUGUCCCCUUUCGACUCGGAUGGCUUCCAGGUUUGGCCAGAAGAGAGUUGGAAGAGGCUUGGAGUACUCGGACACCCAUGUGUCUAAAGAUCUCAGCUCCUCGAAUGAGCUCUCCCACAGCGCCUCCUGGUGGACUGAAAGAGGGGAGCCCCUAGAGCAAGGAGACCCCCUCAAAGAGCAUCUAAUGGAGAUGGAUGAGCAUGUGGCCAGGCUUCAGGACAUGCUGCGAUGCGAACGGACCAAAAGCACUCGUCUGCAGCUGCAUUGUAACCACCUGGAGGCCGAGCUUAGGCUUCGAGAGCAGCUCACCAGCAGACUGAAGGAGCGAGUCGCUCAGCAGACUGACCGACACCGAGAGAAAGGACCCUCGAUAGAGGUGCUGAACCUUCUGCCUGGAGGUCGAGGCAAACAAGGACAGCCGAUCAAAUCUUCCAGGUCCACUGCCAAAGGAGAAGAGGGCACGCUGCGUCUGAUGCUGGAGCGCAGAGAAGCAGAGCUCAGGGAGGCGAUGAAGCUGCGCCACAGUCUCACCACAUUACUCCAUUCUCUCAGAGUCGACAUGGAGCAUACCCUGUCCAACAUGGUGGAUGUUCAGGAGGAAGUCCAAAUGGAAGACAAAGGGCUGGAUCAAGCUGAGCGAGCGCUGGGUGACCAUGUAACAGGAGGCGUGGUUCAGAGUUGGAGGCAGGUGCAGAAGAGACUGGGCAACGUUCCAUCUGGAGGCCACUCUGGCGCCGAUACUGACGACAAGCUCCUCGCUCGACUAGAGGCCGAACUGAAGGGGAGCCAACAGCUCGUCCAAUUACAACAGCAGCUGCUGCAGGACAACCUUGCUUCGCCUGCCACCUCUGAACUGGCUGAUUCCUACUUUUUGGAAGAGUGGGAACGUCUUCAGGUGCGCUCGGCAGAGCUCGAUCAUCAGCGGCGGACUUUUGAAAGGGAGAGGCGGUCCUUCACCGACGCCGCCAUCCGACUGAGCCAUGAGCGCCGUGAUUUUGAGCAACAGAAGGCCUCUCUCCUGAAGCAGCAUUAUCUAUGCGACUCGCCUCUGUCUGGUAAAGGAGCCCCAAGAAGCAACAACAGCAGACGGAGCACAGCCCUCGGUUUCUCAAGUUUUAGGCCUGCUGGUAUAUCUGACUGUCUCCCCAGCACACCGUCUUCCACCCAGUCGGGGACAGCUACUCUUUCUGUAUCGCAUAAGGGAAGAUUUGGAGUUCAUACCCCAAGCACUCCUGAGCUGUACUCUGCCCUCAAUCUGCCAUACAACUGCAGGAAUGGGUCCGAACCACUGCUAUUACUCCCUCCUCUCUCCUCCCUCAGUAGCAGAGAGGUUGAUGACCAGUCAGAGACAUGGGACAGCCGAGUGGACGGGAUGGUGCACACACCAUGGGCUUCACACCUAGACUGGUCUUUUUAAAGCCAUUAUGAUGAUGGCAUCAAUCUUCUUGCAUCUUAUUUCCACAAAAAAAUUCGUGCUUUCUAUAAUAACAUUGUCUGUGAAUAAUGAAGUUAAUGUGUUUUUUUUAACCUCUUGGUUAAAUGAUAAGCCGUCAUGGAAUUAAUUUACACCGCUGAUGAUCAUUCACAAAUUAUCCAAUCAAAUAAUCUUUUGUCAUUUUUAUCUUAAUUUUUUGUCUGUGGUCUUUGUUUAAUAAAAAGGAUGAAAAGUCUUGACAACUGUAUGAAAUACCCCAAAUGUCCAGAAUCUUGAUGUAUUUGAUUCAACUCUCCUUUAAUUAAAGAUAUCUCCAAGAUUGUCCUGUUUUACCCACACAACAAAGCCAGCUCUUUAUUAUCCAUAGCUGAUUCAAACAUCAUAAUUAGUACUUUUGUAUCCUCUAGAUAUCAUCUGCCCUCAAUGCACCUUCUUAGAUGGAGUGUUACAUUUACGCAAGGCAUGUCUUCAAUCAUAACAUUCUGUGGUCAAGCGUGCUGCAUGUUAGUAUUAAAAACAUUUAGCUCAAAAUGCUGCUGCUAUAUUCUUCACUAAAGCUGUGUUCAGUAGUAAAGGAUACAGCUCCAAAUCUCUCAAAUCAAUUAUUGUAAUAACUGUAUUUAAAUACAUUUCCACAAUUCCAAACUAUGGUCUUGUGAAAUGUUGUUUAACCGAAUCUGUUGAUUAUCUCCCUAACCCAAAUAUUUAAUAUAUUAGUAUGUAUAUAUUAAAUAUAUUUAUAUAUGUAUAUAUUAGAAAAACCAACAAACACAAAUCGGUGGCAGCAAAAAGCGCAUGCAG